GGCUGGUCUUGGCGCGUCACUGCCGGCGGGGGGCGGUGUUUUGUUUCGAAGUUCUCCUCGAAGAUGGCGGCACGGUGGGUCUCCGGUCUUGCCAGAAGAAGCCUCACGUGUGCAGUCUCUGGGGCGCCACGCAGAGAAUUUUGGUCUCCAUUCAGAAAAGAGAAGCAGCCAGUGGUGGCUGAGACAGUAGAAGAGGUAAAGAAAGAACCUAUCCUGGUGUGUCCACCCAUACAAAGCCGAACAUACAUACCACCUGAAGAUCUCCAGAGUCGUUUGGAAUCUCACGUCAAAGAAGUUUUUGGCUCAUCUGUACCUAGCAAUUGGCAGGAUAUCUCCCUGGAAGAUGUUCAUCUGAAGUUCAGCUUCUUGGCACGUUUAGCUAAUGAUUUGCGCCAUGCAGUGCCUAACUCCAGGCUUCACCAGAUGUGCAGGGUCAGAGAUGUUCUUGAUUUCUAUAAUGUGCCUGUUCAGGAUAGAUCUAAAUUUGAUGAACUCAUUGCCAGUAAUCUCCCUCACAACUUAAAAAUCACUUGGGGUUACUGAACAGUUCAGAAGAGGAACACAUUGAAAGCAUUUUCUUCCCCUUGAGAGGGAGGUUGCUUAUCAGACUUUUUGAUACUUUACCAUUUGAAAUGCUAUCAGAACUGUUCAUUAAACCCACUUUUUCUGUGGAAGAAUGUGUUAUGUCUCUUUUUUUUUGUCAUCAUGAAUUGAUAUAUCACUGGAUUUUCUUUUUUCAUAUUUGCUGAAACUUUUGUUUUUUUGUAGAAUAAGGAAAUAAUUUACAAAAAUAUUCUUCUUUGGAAGACAACCGUAAUUAACUUGAGUGUAAGGCAUGUUCAGAUGUGGUCUUUGUUCUUCAUAGGCAUAAACUAUUAGAUACAAAAGAAUGUUUUAAUCGUAUUAGAUCUCUUAAAUCUGAGAUAGUAUUUUUAUAUGUAUUACAUAUACAAAUAAGGAAAUGGGUAGUUAUAAAAGAAACAUGAAAAUCUGUGUUGUAUAUUAUGAGAGUUUCUUUCACUAUUUGCUUUAUUGCACAAGUGGAUAUAGUAGAAAAUGAUACUAUUCAAUAUGAAUUAAUCUCUUUUGAAAUUAAAAUAGAUUUCUUGAAGUGUGGUGGGUUUUUUUUUGUUUUGUUUUGUUUUUGGUCUUUUUAGGGCCACACCCACAGCAUAUAGAAGUUCCCAGGAUAGGAGUCAAGUUGGAGCUGCAACCACGGGCCUGUGCCACUGCCAUAGCAAUGCCAGAUCCAAGUCUCAUCUGUGACCUGCACCACAGCUCAUGGCAACACCAGAUCCUUUCCAUUGAAUGAGGCUGGGGGUUGAACUUGCAUCCUCAUAGAUACUAGUUGGUAUUGUUAGCUCUGAGCCACGAUGGGAACUCCCUCUUGAAUUGUGUUUUUAAUUUAAGGUGAAAUUUGCUUUUCUGACUUGUCGUUUUGUUAAUUUAAGUAUUACAAAUGAAAGAGUUAGAAUGUGUGCCAAGUAUUAAGUGGUGUGGCCUUUUUUUUGGGUAACAUGUACCAAAUUCUACAUCUAAAUGGGUUUUCUCUUCGAAGGAGAUAAUGUUUGUUUCAAGCUGUUUUUCUUUUCUGUAACUUAAAAAGUGGCCUUGAGUGCCUGUCACUGAUAAGUUUUUGCAGACUUUGGUAUACUUAAUUUAUGAGAAUUACUCAAAUAACGAGUUAACCCCAGAUGGUUCUGGAUGACAAAAAUGAGAAAGUGAUUAAAUUAGGAAUUAUUUUUGUUCAGAUGUAGAUAUGGCUGGAGAGUAAUGACUCAAGGAGAAGGAAUUUCUUCUGUUUUUAUCCUGACUACUAAUAAUUCUGAAAGAAAAGUGAUAGGUUUUAAACAAAGGAAAUUGCAUAUUUUCUUUCCUAGGAUGACUUCUCUGAAGAGGGCAAAAAUAAGUUGAGUUUAUAAAUUCUGGUAUGUUUAUGAGAAAAAUUAGUACUGUAUUAGCAUAACAGUACAGUUAUGCUCUAUAAAUGUCAUCAGCAGACAAUCAGAUUUUCAGUAACCUCUGGUAUGAAGAACUUCAAAAAUAUCUGGAGUAUCAAAGUGUCUGGAGUCCUGGAACUUAAACAUUAGCGCUAUUGUGUCCCUUCUGAUUCUAUGUGAAAGGGAUUCAGCACGGAAACACUUCAAUGUUACAUACAAGGUUUGAUUAUCUCAUUUCCCUCACAACUUUUAUCUUCCAAUCUGGAGACUCAGAAAAAUGUGCAAAGGGCAAGAUGGAAGUAAAGGACGGUAAAGGCAGUGUGGAAAAACACUUGGUUUCAACUGGAGAGCUCAUAAGUGUUAGGGCCGAAGAAAUCACUCCUUUGCAGCCUGGAACAGUGUUUCUCCAAAUUUAAUGUGCUUAUGAAUCACUUGGGAUCUUCUAAAAUGCAGAUUCUGAUUCUAUAAGUAGGUAAACUAUACAUCCAUCAACAACUAGAGGACAUCCCUGGUUUAGAACCUAAUAUAUCAGAAUAAUGACCUUUAGUUUUCCUGAGAAGAUUGAAUUAGGUUUGCUAACUUGUUCUCUGAGAUAACUAAAAACAUGUGAUGUAAUCAUAAUAGGUUUACCUAUUUAAAAACUAAAUGGUUGCUGCAUAAAAGUAUUAAAAAUUUUACACUAUUGGGCUAUUGAACACAGGUGUGCUUGCAUUAAAAACUGCUAAUAAAA